AUGGUCGACCUGAAGCUCAAGGAAGGAGCCAAGCCGAUCCGCAGGGUAUAUGGCACGAAGGACCCGUUCAAACAGAGAGUCGAAACGCGACUGGUGGACAAGCUUCACAAAGUGGGCCAUGUUGAACCGGAGGAUCCGUACAGCUUUUCACGGUGGACUGGUCCACCACGAAUAACCAGCUUUUCAAUCUACAAAUCACUCUCCCAACCGAGGAGGACAUCCUCAAUCAUGCAAAGGGGGCCAUCAUAUCACCAGCUCAUGUUGGCGCCCAGUUGCCGCCACCUCCUGACGUUUUUCACGAGGGAUGGACGCUUUCAUCAGCCGGCCUGCCUGGUGGAAGGGGUCCAGAAUGGCUGUUUUGAUAUGCAGCACUUCAUGACCAUCACUUUCCAGGCAAUAGUAGCCCUGGUGGCAUACCUGGAUGACCUGACGAUUGUGGCGAAGUUGCGAGUCGACAACACAUAUAUCGGUUCAAUCGUUUACCAUUGGGAUGAUGUGGACGACACCCUGGACAUCAUGAUCUCCCGGGAUAUCCAACUCCAGCCGACGAAGAGUCAGAUUAUGAAGCUGCCAAAGGAGAUAGUACACCUGUUUGGCCGGGAUAUCCAGGACCAUGGAUCCCGCAUCGACCAACGACGGUUGGAGGAUUUCUUGACAGCGCCGGCCCCCAAGGACAGGAAGGAACUUGUUUCCCUUCUGGCGAUGCUAUCCUGGUAG